AUGAACCCUCUGAAGUGUGCUUUUGGAGUUGCUUCUGGAAAGUUCCUUGGCUUUAUUGUUCAUCAUCAUGGGAUUGAAAUUGAUCAAGCUAAGGUAGAUGCUAUUUUGAAGAUGCCUGAGCCUAAAGAUAAUCACGAGCUGAAAAGUUUGCAAGGAAAGUUGGUGUAUCUUAGAAGGUUCAUUUCAAACCUAGCUGGGAGGUGUCAACCAUUCGGUCGUCUUAUGAAGAAAGAUAUUGCUUUUGAAUGGGACCUGGCCUACACCAAUGAUUUUAAGAGUAUAAAGUCUUAUCUAAUAAAGCCUUCAGUGCUCGUAGCUCCCAUACCUGGAAAGGCAUUGAUAUUGUAUAUUGCGGCACCAGAAAGAUCAGUAGGGGCACUUCUAGCACAAUAA